AUGGCGAUGAGGCUGAUGCGGCUAUGGCUAGCCAUGGCGCUGGUACUCAUGGCAGAAGCAGGCGAAAGAUGCCGAGACGCUUCCCUCCUCUCCACUCGCCUUCCCUCCUCUCUCCGCUCUUCCUCCUCUUCCCGCUCUCUCCACCUGCGCCGCCACCGCCAUCUCUUGUUCAACGUAGACCCACCGAAGAUAGCUAUCCCCGCCGCCGCUUCCUGCGAUACACGAGGGCCGCAUCCUGUCCCUCAAGAGGAUGAGCUGAGCAGAUCGCCGUCUCGUCGUUCCAUCGCCGACCUCGCUGCAUCCCCCAGCUUCAGCGUCGGCAUCACCUCGUCCUCGCGCGCAGCUCGUGCUCCGGCCGCUGUUAUUGACGAGAUUUCGAAGAGAUACCUCAAGCCCGGGGUCGUCAACCUUGCAGCAGGAUCCUCUUCAUGGCCUCCUCCUCCCGGUUGCAUGGAGGAGGCAACCCGCCUCCUGCAGAAGGGCGAUCCGGAGCUGCAUCGAUACGGGGACUGCGAAGGGCUGCAAGCACUGACGGAGAAGCUGAAGCAGAAGCUGAAGCGGGAGAACAACAUUGAGGGAAAGGAAGUCAUGGUGACAGCAGGAGCCAACCAGGCCUUCGUGAAUGUGAUGCUCGCCGUCUGUGAUCCUGGCGACUACGUUGUGCUGUUCAAACCCUACUACUACUCCCACCGAGUCGCCGUGGAGUUGGCGGGAGCCAAAGUCAUAGAGGUCUCGUGCGAGAGCAACUUUGAACCUGACCUAGCGGAGCUUCGGCAAGUCCUCAAGGCGGCAGAGGCGAAUCAGCAAAGAGGUGGAACGCCUGUUCCCAAUCGUGUUGAGAUCCUGGCGUCGUUUCUUGCGCUCGUUGAAAUCUGUGCCUCCAAGAAGAUCUGGCUGGUCAGCGACGAGACCUACGAAUAUUUCACGUACGACGGGGCGGAGCAUGUCUCUCCGACAGCAGACGAUGGAGUCAUCAAUAUCUACAGCAUGUCCAAGGCGUAUGGGAUGGCGGGAUGGCGCAUCGGUUACGUCGCUUAUCCUUCCCACCUUACCAGCGCGAUGCUGAAAGUUCAGGACACGAUCCUGACUAUGGCAACAGUCCUGGCGCAGAAAGUUGCGCUCAAGGCGUUGGACUACGGGAGGAGCUGGGUUCGAGAGAAUGUCAAGUCACUCAUUCCCAUCCGCAGCAGGGGAGCCUUCUACUUCAUGAUCAAAAUUCCUUCAAUCCUCGACGAGAUCCGCAUGAUAGACAUGUUUGCCAACGACCAUGGACUCCUGCUCACACCUGGUUCUGCUUUCGGCAUGGAUGGCUACCUGCGCCUUGCUUAUGGCUGCAUCACUGCUGAUCGAUUGGACGAUGUUUGCGACAAAUUGAAGUUGGCUGUGCGGAACAUGAUUAGGAUCGGCCUGCGCUGCUCGUUCGAGCACCAAUGUUCGAAUCCUCUGACGAGCGGGAGGGAGGGAACAUGGGGAGAGCUGGACGACGAGAGAAACUUGAUCGAGCGAGAGACGAUGCACAUCGCACGUCAGGCGUCGCGGGAUGGGAAGGAGCUGCUGUUUGAGGAGGACACAUGA